CCUAAUUCUACUAGAAGACUACUAACCAUAAUAAGAGUUACCCUAUUAGUAAUAAUAAUAAUAAAUAUAGAAACCCUAAAUAAAUCGGUUUCUAACAACUACAAAAUUGGCGUCAAACGUCCGAGAGGCGCCAUGAUUAUAGAGAGCUUCUGUGUUUCUUCCUUAUUCAGGAUUUUCGUUUCGGAGUAGGAUUCCCAAUCCAAAUCGAAUUCCAAAUCCAAAUCAUUGUAGGAAGAGAUCGGCAGCAUCAAUGUUUUUAGUAUAAAUAGGUUUUUGCAGAUCAAGCCCCGAAUCACAGAACAGUAGAAUCCCCAAAUUCCCUUUCAACAUGCUCCGACAAUCCGCUGCUGCGCCAUGGCUCCUGUGCCGCGCCGAUGGCGAUAAAGACACUCGCUGCUACGAUGUGGCGGAGCAGCAGUUUCACGACGACCACGUUGACUUCCCGGUUGACAAAACCUGUCGGGGCUCUGCCUUCGGUUGGCUGUUUAUGGUCCAGCAAACGCCGCCCGUCUUCUUACUGAACCCUCUGACGGGGAAUCAGAUCCCCUUGCCGCCAUUGACAACUUUCCCUCACGUUCUCGCCUACCGGCCCGAAAAGCCCGGCCGCGAGUAUGUACUCCGUUAUGGCUCCGGCAAGACGUAUGCACACGACAAGAAGUACACCGAGAAGAAGUACAUUGUAAGAACUGCCAUGUCCGCUGAUCCCGACGGCUCCUCGAAGGAGGAGGAGCUCGUCGUGAUGGCCAUCUGUUUCUGUAGCAAUUUCAGCCUCGCGUUUUGCAAGCCCGGCGAUGCAAAGUGGACGCCGAUUACUCAUCAGGCUGUCAUUCCUUUCGCUGACGUGGCCUUCUGGAAGGGCAAAUUCUACGCCCUUGACCACAACGGUGGCGUUUACGCCUGUGAUCUUUCUAAUCCCGAUCACCCCGAGCUUUCGUUGCGCGACAAUGAACUCGAUCUUGUUGUCUCCGACACUCGCUACUUGGUGAUAAGUCCAGACGGAGACGAAUUGAUGAUGGUUACUAGACACAUGUGUGUCUCGCCGGAGAAUGAUGCUCUCUUUGACAGCAAGUAUGCUGCAAAAUACAACGAUGGUGAGGAGGAGAAAGAGGCGGUUGAUGUUGUUGUUGAUGAACCUGACGAUGAUGAUGGUGCGGCUACUACGAGCGUCGUAACUUACUGGACCAGCAAGUUUAGGGUGUUCAAGCUGAUAGCCGACGAUGAUAACUGGAUAAACGACGGUCGAGGCUGGAAAGGAUGGGAUGAGGUGGAUAGUAUCGGUGAUUUUGCCUUGUUCGUUGGUUUUAAUUCUCCUACUUUCGUCUCUACGGAAGAGCAUCCGGAGCUGACGGCUAAUUCCAUUUACUUCACCGACGAUGUUACUUAUGACUGCUAUCCAUGGUGGAACGAAAAGCGUUAUGCAGGUCACGACAUGGGCAUCUACGAUUUGACCACCGGCACUAUCCAGCCCCUCUCUGCCUCUAUACGUAACAGCCCUAUGCCUGUAUGGAUUUCAUCGCCCGAGUAAACGCAACCAACCAGCCUGAGUAAACGCAACCAACCAGCCGGCCGCAUAGGAAGAAUUUGCUUGUUUCUUUGCUUCUUCUUUGCUUACUUUAUUGAUAGGGGAUUUAUAAGGUGAAUUUGUGAUCUUAUUUUUAUUUUGUUGUUGGUGAAAGAUGUGAACUUUGUUUUUGUUUCCUUCUCCUUUGUAAUGUUUUUGGCUACUUUCAUUUUCUUGUUCGGCUACAAUCUAUAACAAAUAAGUUUCAUUAAG